AUGUUAGAUUUGGCAGAAGAAAAUGAGUAUCCUGAUAUUGGUGAUAAAUACCAGGGAGAUAUCAUCCGGCCUUCUGACUUGCAGCGAGGAGACUCCAGAAAUGCUGUGAAAAUUGAAAGUCACUUGUGGCCUGGCGGUGUAAUACCAUACGUUCUUCAUUCCAAUUAUACUGGCGAUCGGAAAAAAAUGAUGAUGGCUGCUAUGCGAGGUCUGGAGAAGGAAACAUGCAUAAAAUUUGUACCUUGGUCUGGACAACAAGAUUAUGUCUUGAUGAGAACUGUGCCUGGAGAUGGUUGUUAUGCAAUGGUAGAAUAUUGGCCUGAUUUUUCAAAAGCAAAUCCAAGUGAAGUCAGUACUUAUGGUGUGGCCUAUGGAUACGACAGCAUAAUGCACUAUCCUAAAAAUGCAUUUUCCAAAAAUGGUAAACCAACAAUAGUGGCUAAGAAAGACCCAUCUAAGGAACUUGGACAAAGGAAAAAACCCACAAAAGGAGAUAUAUUGAAAGUGCGGAAAAUGUACAAAUGCUAA